AUGCGUCCCGCACAAAAGUUGGCCAGGCCACUUCUCCAAGGUUCUAGGGCUGCAGCGCUGGUUCGCGCCUCCCCCGUACAGAAGCAAAUAUGUCGCCGAGCCUUCUCAGAUUCGUCUUCAUCUUCGGCAUUGCCUGAAUCAGCGCCGGUUAUCAAGCAGACACGCUGGAGGAACUUCCUGCAAAUCCUCGGCCUCACAACGCUGGUCACUGUCGUCGGAGGCGUUGGUGGUUUCUACUACGUCACACAAAAGGAACGCCAUCCUGGACCGCAACUGCCGUUCGACAAGGAGAAGAAGACGGUUGUGGUUCUGGGAAGUGGAUGGGGGGCGACCAGCUUAUUGAAGCACCUUGAUACGGAGGACUACAAUGUCGUUGUCAUCAGUCCGAAGAACUAUUUUCUGUUCACUCCACUCCUUCCUAGUGUUGCGGUUGGAACGUUGAGCACACGGUCGAUCCUACAACCAACGCGCUACAUUACUCGUCACAAAACGAGGACUGUGUCUGUUAUUGAGGCUGAAGCAAAGUCGGUCGAUCCAGUCGCGAAGACUGUUACUUUCACUGAUAACUCUGAGAUCCAAGGCGAAGUCUCAACAACCACCCUCCCGUACGACUAUCUUGUGUAUGCGGUCGGCGCGGAGGUUCAAACGUUUGGCAUCCCUGGUGUUCGAGAACAUGCCUGUUUCAUGAAGGAGCUGGCUGAUGCAGAGCGGAUGCAAAGACAGUUCAUGGACUGCUUGGAAUCGGCAGCAUUCCCAGGUCAGUCACAACAGGAACUCGAUCGCCUGCUCCACAUGGUUGUCGUUGGGGGUGGACCAACGGGUGUUGAGUUGAGUGGCGAGUUACACGAUUUCCUCGAGGAUGACCUCAAGUCAUGGUACCCCGAACUCGCGGGGAAAGUUCGCAUAACACUUGUCGAAGCCCUUCCGUCCGUACUCCCGAUGUUUAGCAAGCAGCUCAUCGACUAUACGGAGUCGACGUUCAAGGAGAGUAAGAUUGAGAUCCUAACCAAGACGAUGGUCAAGGAGGUUAAGCCCAAGAGCGUGGUCCUACAAAACCCUGAUAAGUCCAUUGUCGAGGUUCCUUGUGGCAUGGUUGUCUGGGCAGCUGGGAAUACUGGACGGCAAGUUACGAGGGAUCUGAUUGCACAGCUACCUACCGCUCAGACGAACAGACGAGGCAUUGCUGUUGAUGAUCAUAUGCGAAUGGAUGGCACUGAUGGGAGCAUCUUCGCUAUUGGCGAUUGCACUGCCACGUCAUACGCACCCACUGCCCAAGUCGCCUCUCAACAAGGUGCCUACCUUGCUCGCAUAUUCAAGCAGAUGGCGAGGAAGGAGGCACUCGUCGCGCACAAAGCAGAACUUUCCGCCACCAUGAACCAAAUAACGGGCGAGGAAGAGAAGAAGACUGUCGUCUCGGAGUUGGCAAGCGUUGAGAAGCAGCUGUCGAAGUUGUCCAAACUUCGUCCAUUCCAAUACUCCCACCAAGGUUCCCUCGCGUACAUUGGCUCGGACAAAGCAAUCGCUGAUUUGCCAUUUAUGAACGGCAACGUGGCUACCGGAGGAGUUGCUACAUUCUUGUUCUGGCGCAGUGCUUAUCUGAGCACCCUCUUUUCCCUCCGGAACCGCGUGCUUGUAGCCAACGACUGGCUGAAAGUGAAAAUCUUCGGACGGGAUGUCAGUCGCGACGCUUAA